UUCGGACCCCAGAGCGAAUCUCAAAUGGCGUCAUAAUCCCUACAUAAGUGCGCUAUAUAGUGCAGAGAGACCGUGUUUUUACGCCCUAGGUAGGGCACUCUGAGGUCAAAGUGUGGUUUGGGAUUUGAAAAACGACCAAACAAACGAAACUCACAUGGAGAGAAAGUCAAGCGUGGAGGCGGUUAUUAUUUAUUUUGUAGAGUAAAACCGUAGCUGUUAUUUGUUUUUUUAAAUUCUGAAGAAGAUUUAAGUGAAAAGAAGUAUAUAAUUAUAAUCCUAAAAUGUGUGUUUAGAAAAAUGUAGACACAACAAACACACACGCGUCAGGGGCUCGCAAGGAAACAGUUAUUUAUAUUAAAUAGUAAAGGUGCAUUUGCUGAAAUUAAUCAGCUUUAAUAAGAGACAGAUGUCAGAGAAGUCACUAUAGUGGCUGUGCUGCAUUAUCAUCAUUAUUAUUAUUAUUUUAAUUAAUAAGCAGUAAAUGAUGAGCUCCUCACUGGUUGUUCCUGUUAUAGAUGUUCAGAGUAAUAACUUUAAAGAAUUAUGGCCUGCUAUAGUGCUCGCCUUUAAAACCUCCUCAUUCAUCGCCCUGGACACGGAGCUCAGUGGUCUUGGAGCGAGGAAAGCUCUUCUAGCAGAGUCGAUUGAGGAUCGUUAUAAGGCGAUAUGCCACGCUGCCCGGACUCGCUCUAUUCUGUCCCUGGGACUUGCCUGUUACAAGAAACUGGAAGGCAAAGCGGACAGUACGUACCUGGUUCAGGUGUACAACCUGACGCUGCUGUGUGCGGAGGAGUACGUCAUCGAGCCGCAGUCAGUGCAGUUCCUCGUUCAGCACGGCUUCGACUUCAACAAGCAGUACGCUCAGGGCGUCCCCUACGACAAGGGCAACGAUAAGGGUGGAGAACCUCAGGGUGUGAACAUGCGUACGUUGUUCGUGGAGCUCCUGAGAGCCAACAAGCCUCUGGUGCUCCAUAACGGCCUGAUCGACAUGAUCUUCCUGUACCAGUGCUUCUACGCUCACCUGCCCGAGAAACUGGGGACCUUCACCGCCGAUCUGUCGCAGAUGUUCCCCGCCGGCAUUUACGACACCAAAUACGCCACCGAGUACGAACUACGCUUCACAGCGUCUUACCUGGAGUACGCAUAUAAGAAGUGUAAGCUGGACAACAGCAGAUCCAUCGAGACCGCUCAGGACAGACCUCAUGUGUUUCUGGAGUUUUGUAAUUAUACUGGCCGUCUGCAGAGCUACGUGGACUACAGGCCUUGCAUCGACAGCCACAGCAGUGAUGGACCUCUGAACAUCUGCAUUCAGUUCUCGGCUUACGGAUGGUGCCCCAGUGGCUCUCGCUGCCCCAUGUCACAUGACACAGACCUCAUAAUCCGGCAGGACGAGAAAAGCAAAGAGGACAAGCGGAAAAAAAGGAAGCGCAGGAAGAAGAAGAAGGCUGCAAAGGAGGAGGAAGAAGAGGAGGAAGACGGGCCGCCGCAGGAUAAGAAGGCUCACGUGGAGGAUAUGGAUGAAGAUGGUGAAGAGAAAGAGGAACAGAAGGAAGAUGAAAAAGUUCAUGGGAAAUUCGCAGCUCAUGACGAAGAGAUGCCAAGCAGUGAAACCCCAGCCGCAGAGUCUCACAGUGAUCCUGACAAGAACGAAAGUGAUGCUCCUCAAACACAUGAUCUGACACCUGACGCAACAAACAAAAGUCCUAAAGCCAAUGAGAGGAAGGUGGAAGGAGGAACGCACCGAGCCGGCUUUGACGCCUUCAUGACCGGAUACAUUUUCGCCUUUGCGAGCAUCCGGAAUGCUGAAGGAUCGGACUCCUGGAUUCCUGCGUGCGCCAACAAGCUGUAUCUGAGCGGCAAGAGCGUGCCGCUUCACAUAGCCAAAAGCACCUUCUCAAAGUCCUCCAGAGCUCACAUGACGAAAAUGGAGCACGUCUGGAGAAAAGAGUUUCCCAAAGCAGACGGGAAUGCCUGAAGGAAUUUUUUUGCUUUUGUGGUAAAUAUGAUUUAAUCAAGUCACCUCUAAUGGUGUAAUAAAGCAUUCUGAUUUUAUAUAAAAA